AUAUCUAUCGCGGUGAUCAUGGCUCUUCAAUCGAAUCAAGUCAAACUUAUCGCUCUUGGUCUUGCUAUCAUCCCAGUUAUAUCAAUUCUUCGAUCUGAAUCGUUUACUUCGUGAUUGAAACCUAUAGUCCUUCCAGUUAUCCAAAACAGAAUGGAAGCCCGCGCACAGGCUCUCCACGAGCACUUCCUCACCACCCCCACAGAAGCCAUCCAGAACAACCCCUGGGCCGUGGUGAACGCAAUCGAGACCUACGCCAGCACGAACCACAUGAUGAUCUUCAAAGGAGGCAAGCUCAUCGCAGCCCGAGACCGCGUCUCCGCCAUGCAACCCGCGCCCAAGAAGUUCGUCGAAUUCGGGACCUUUGUCGGCUGUUCCGCGAUAGCAUGGGGUGCGAUCCUGCGCGACCUCCACGGCGACAAUCUGGCCGGCUGCAACGUUUACACGUUCGAGCUGGACCCCAAGAUGGCUGUUAUUGCGCGCGAUAUGAUCAAAAUUGCUGGGUUAGAGGGUAUCGUGCAUGUGCUUGAGGGGCCGGGCUCGGAGUCGCUGAGGAAGUUGCAUAGAGAGGGUAAAUUAGUUGAGAAGGUUGAUGUUGCGUUCUUUGAUCAUUGGGAGGAAUAUUAUCUGCCUGAUUUGCAGCUGCUGGAGGAGUUGGAUUUGCUCAAGGUCGGCUCGAAGAUGGUUGCUGAUAAUACUGAUUUCCCUGGUGCGCCUAAGUAUCUCGAGUAUGUGAAGGCUGGGGGUAGUGAGAAGGUUAGGUAUGAGAGUGAGUCGAUUAAGACUGAGGCACAGCAUGGGCCGUCUAUUGUUGAAAUUAGCGAUGUUGUUCGUGUUGCUUAAUUGUAGCGGUUGGAUAUAUGUUUCUAGAUGAUACCUCCUUUAUCAGCCAUGUCGAUACAUUCAAAUAGAUAGAUAGAUACUAUAAACUGUUUACAUUCAAAUAAAAGAUAACUAUUAUCUUGCCGUAAGCUAUUCAGCAAGAUUGAGAAUCAAGAUAGUUGCCAUCUAUAAAACAC